GCUACCGAACACGCUAAAGCUCGAAUGGCUUUCCAGUCAGGAGACAACCCGACGCGAGCCAUGUCUCAGACUCUCCAACUAUCCUCACGUACCUAGGUACUUUCACAUCCGACCUACAGGGUAACUUGGGUUCAAUUCGAAUAUGGAAGCUUACUGAUGCUUCUUUGUCCCCGCCUCGAGAGCUCAAUGGAGCUUCAGUUACCCUAUAAUUCGAGUUUGAUAUCCCUGCGGAGGCCGGUAUCGUCUUGGCAAGCCCUGUCUAUAUAUACAUUGCUCCCCCUGCCCACCGUCUCUUCCUUUCACAUACCCAACGUCGAUUCAACUGCUGUGGGCGCGAGUGAUCGUACCUGCCUCAGCUACGCUACAUCUACUUCACUUAUGAAAAGGCACCGCGCUCCCUCCGACUCUCGACCCCCUUCGAACCGUCUUCCUCCACAGGAUCGACCUCGGACCAGCGCAGGGACGAGUGUGUCAAAAGCGAAGACCGUUACAUCGGACGGCAUGGCCUGGAAACGCAUAUUCUCAUUCCGAGCAUCUGCGACCCAAGACCGUCCCCGAGCCCUGUCACCAGAUUCAUUAGCCGUCUCGCCACCCGAUCAGCCUCCUCCAGUUGCCGCUGCGACCGCCGAUGCCGCAUCCAUGGCCGCAAGUACGACAAACACCUCACUCAGCUCCCGCAUAGAAGAGCAGAGCUUGAGCGAUGGCACCAUUCCGGAUCGCAGCGAUCAGCCUGACGCUGGGCCCUCAGAGGCGUCCUCAGACGGCCAAUCGAGCAGACCACGAUCGCUCGACCUCUCAGAGAGGCUGCAAGCCCGAGCAAGCUACAGCGCGGAGAGCUUGCUUCUGUUCAAUCACCCGGAGGGUUCCCGGUCUACCCUCUCACUACCCUAUACCUACCGUUCCAUGCACGAAAGAAGGCUGCGAUCGCCGGUCACAGUGGCAACCACAUCCAAAAGCGUAGACACGCUACCUCGUCCUCCACCCAAAGCGCGUCCCAAGCGACGAGACUACGCCUCGUACCCGUACUUCGUGACGCCCCUUGCCUUCGCCACCAUGAAUCCCUACAUCGUACCGGCAACCCCACCCUCAUCGCCGCAGAACACCAAACCUAAGAGACACCCGCAGUCCUCCCAAACCUAGCCUCGAUCGAAACCACGUCCACACGCGAUACACCUCCGCGCGGCGUCUCUAGCGAGGACGCUCCCACUUCUCCCGAACCACAGCCUCCAUCUCCUCCUCCUACAUUGAUCUUCAAGAAAAUCACGUCG